ACUUAUAGAUCAUGAGUUGUUUCUGGUGUCAUCGUUGUUAUUCGAAUCAUUCUUGAAUCAUCGUUACUGGAAUCGCGGUGUUGAAAUCAUCAUUACAGAUAUCAUUCUUAGAUCGUUGUUAGAGCCUUUUGGAGUCGCCGUUACUGAAGCUAUUGUUACUGGA